AUGGUGCGUAGAUCGGCGAGAUUAAGAGAACAGGAGGCCCAAGAGGCGGUCCCGGAACCCAAGAAACAAAAGACAGAGACCAAGGAGCCAGUAGCAGCCCAAUUCAGCGAGGACCAGAAGCCCGCAGAGAAAAAGAACAACGACAAGGUGGAGUCAACCAACACUCUACAGGAGGGCGACGCGCUUCCCGACGAUCUGGAACUGGAAAACCAGGACGGCGAAAAAGUGGCGAUCGCGCAAUAUGCAAAGGACGCAAAGGUUCUGGUGGUGUUUUUGUAUCCAAAAGCAUCGACUCCAGGAUGUACGCGUCAGGCAAUCGGUUUCAGAGACAAGGCAGAAGAGCUGAUUAAGCUGGGCGCCACUGUAGUGGGGCUCAGUUCAGACUCGCCUAAGGCACAGACUACGUUCAAAACAAAACAGCAAUUGCCCUAUGAUUUGUGGUGUGACCCGUCAAAACAGCUAAUCGGGCUGCUUGGUGCUAAAAAACACCCUAACGGCAUCGUCAGGUCGGAUUUCAUUUUCCAGGAUGCAAUUCUGAAAGUCAAACGAGUCGGCAUCUCGCCAGAAAAGAGUUUCAAUGGUGCGAUCGAGCUAGUCAAGGGCCUCAGCGAGUGA